AUGUAUACCGUCGCUCUCGCAAGCCUUCUCCUCACCGGCUUCACAGCCGCCGCUCCCCUCGCCCAAGCCCAGGCCCAAGCCUCAGCCUCCGGCACCGUCACCCUCCAAAUCGGCAUCUCCACCAGCGGCGACGAUUCAACCACGCGCACUAUCCCAUUCGGCACUCUCUUCGCCAACACCGCCGGCGCGCUCCCGCCCGCCAGCAGUCUGUCCGUUAGCUCCGUCAGCAACGUCCCCAUCGAUCCCUUCUCUAGUGUCUGUCAAGCCUUUACCGACGCGGCCGGCAAGAUCAAGCUCGGUGGUACGUUUGACGACUCGAUACCGGGCAUCACAGUGUCGAAGGGCAACAAUCUGGCGACGAUCGGGAGUGUCUUCUGCUCGGACGCGGCCGGUGUGGCUGCCUUCUCCAGCGGCAGCGGAAAUGGUAAUGGUAAAGGCACCGGUUACGGUAAUGGCAAGGGUGUUUCGGCCGUCAACAUCAAGCUUGAUUUCGAUCUCGCGGAGGAGGGCGCCUCCGUUGGCACGGUCCCUGUCAACGGUCAAUUGGUCCCAGUCAGGGGCACCUUCGCCACUCGCGUGGCCAACAAGGCUGCAAUUCAGUCCGGUAACAAUGGUCAGCAGCCUGACGGUGUCACCUGCCAAGCUUUCAGUGAUGAGGCUGGGACGCUGAGUCUUGGAGCGGUGAAAGGCAAUGGUGCGGAAACUGUCUUCGGUCAGAAUGGCGCUGAUGUCCCUAUCGGAGCUUUCAAAUGCGUGAAUGCUUGA